AUCGAGACCACUUUCCUUCAUCCAUCCAACUAACACGGAUCUCAUCUCAUGCACCAUCCAAGCUCACAUCGCCUCAAGUUCUUUCGUCGUCGUCGUCGGAAGUGAUCCAUAAAUCUGCAAAGUUCGUGACAUUUUAAAACAAGCUUACACAAAACAAUUUUAAUGUGAUUUACGAAAAUAAAAAAACAAGAUUUUCAUAGAAAACUGAAACUGACACGUGUUUCCUUUGAGUUUUUUUAAACAAAUUGUAAACAAAUUUGCCAAAUUGAUGCAAAAAACACUUAAUUGUUCAACUAAUUGAAACUCUCGACAAUGAAGGUGUUCAACAGUGGAGGUAGAAUCCUUGUCAUCGCCAGCAUUUGGACAUUCCUUAUUACACUUUUCUCAACCGAAAGUCAUGGCUGGCGACACGAUAGACGUCCCCGAGUGUAUGGGAACCGUAUGCCCAAAAGUAUGCUGCUCACAAAUUCUCACAAGGUGCAAGAGAAAAUCGUCAGUGCUCACAACUUGUUCAGAUCCAAUGUGAGACCAAAAGCAUCAAACAUGUUGGAAAUGACGUGGCACUCUGGGGCAGCAAAAACGGCACAAAAAUGGGCAGAACAAUGUGAACUCUUGACACAUGAUAAUGCUACUGACCGAUGGACUGAAUUUUAUGGGCCUUGUGGUCAAAAUAUUUUCGUGUCAACGCACAAAGUCCCUUGGUUCUUCGCUAUCAAAACGUGGUAUCUAGAACACCGUAAUUUCACCUAUGGCUCCCCCAAAAACGAACUUGGCGUCAUAGGCCAUUUUACACAGCUGGUUUGGGCUACCUCGCAUAAAGUAGGAUGUGGAUUUUCACAAUGUAAAACAUCAAAAGGAAAAACUUUUUACAACUAUAUUUGUAAUUACUGCCCCGUUGGAAACUAUAUGGAGCUUCUUGGACAACCUUAUAAACGCGGAACACCUUGUACCGAUUGUCCCGAGAGUUGUAGCAAGGAGACAAAAUUAUGUACAAAUUCAUGUCCAUUUGCGGAUUUGUGGGUCAAUUGUGCGGACUUGGAUGCAGGAUGGCACGACUGGCUGUGCAAGGAUAAAAGCAAGGAAGGAGUCCGCAGAAAAAAACACUGCCGAGCAACUUGUCAUUGUAAAAAUAAAAUUGUAAUGCUAUUUCCCUCAAAUCAAAUCUCAACCAUGCCAAAUAAUCGUUAAGAUUAGUUAAAAAUAAUAGUUGCAUAUUUAUGUAUAUGCACUUUCCAACGUUGCUGGCUCUUGUCUAAAGUUGUUUUUAGUAAAAUAAUUUUCAGACAAUAUUAAACUCAGGCCUUGUCAACUUUUCCAUAAUCAGCAAAAAUUGUUAUUACUUAAUUUGAGGGUGUAACAAUAAUUGCUUUGCCAUAUUGAUACUUAUCGAAUAAUUAAUGUAACCUACUUAAGUAUAAAUAUAUGUUUAGAGAGGAUAUUAAAAGAGAAAAAAACUGCCAAAAACUCAAAACUGAGGCAAAAUUAUGCAAUAAAUAUAUUAUACCAAAUAUUCAUGACGUGUGUAAAGGAUGGAUCAAGAUGUUAAGGGAAUACUUAACAGUCUUAAUAAAUAAAGUGCGUAAUAAAUUGUUUAACAAUCGCG